CAGGUUGUCCAGCUUCUAACAGCCAUCUUCACUGAAACUAAGGUUAACUCCUCACUCUAUGGACGGCUACUCUCCAUUUCCAAGGACGUGAAGAAUUUUCUUUUUCUCCUGUGCUUUCAUCUAAAAGUUCUCCUUGGAUAAUUAUCGUCACGGUGGAGUGCUUGGUUUGGACAUCCUCAUCUGGGUCAACUAAAAAAAGAAAGCAUGCAAGACGACAGCCUAGAAGCUUCUACUUCCAUAUCUCAGCUUCUAAGAGAGAGCUAUUUAGCUGAAACUAGACAUCAGGGAAACAAUGAGAGGAGUCGAGCAGAGCCUUCCUCCAACUCUUUCCAUUUUGGCAAUCCUUCUGGAGCUGCUGAAGGUGGAGGAGGCCAAGAUGACCUUCCAGAUCUUUCAGCCUUUCUGAGCCAAGAAGAAUUAGAUGAAAGUGUCAAUCUGGCAAGACUGGCCAUCAAUCACGACCCUUUGGAGAAAGCAGAUGAAGCCCAUGCUAGAAGAUGUUUUUCUUCUGAUCAGAUGAAACACUCACCUAAAUCAAGUUUGGACCCUAACUUCUGCCAGGAUAACUCUCGAAGUCCUACCAACUCUAAAGAGAGCCUCCAGGAGGCAAAAAGGCCACAGUAUAGUUCUGAAACCCAGUCCAAAAAAGUAUUCUUAAAUAAGGCUGCCGAUUUCAUUGAAGAGCUGUCAUCCCUUUUCAAAGCCCACAGCUCCAAAAGGAUUAGACCUCGUGCCUGCAAAAACCACAAGAAUAAACUGGAAUCUCAAAGCAAAGUUAUGCAGGAAAACAGCUCCAGUUUCUCAGAUCUACCAGAAGGAAGAGAAAGAUCUUCUGUUCCCAUCCCUAUCCCUGCAGAUACCAGGGAUAAUGAAGUGAACCAUGCCCUUGAACAGCAGGAAGCCAAGAGGCGCGAAGCUGAGCAGGCUGCCAGUGAGGCAGAUGGGGGAGACACCACCCCAGGGUCUUCUCCUUCGUCUUUGUACUAUGAAGAACCUCUGGGGCAACCUCCCCGGUUCACUCAAAAGUUACGGAGCAGAGAAGUUCCAGAAGGAACCAGAGUACAGUUGGAUUGCAUAGUGGUAGGAAUUCCACCACCUGAAGUAAGGUGGUACUGUGAAGGCAAGGAGCUUGAAAAUUCCCCAGACGUUCACAUCAUCCAGGCAGGAAAACUGCACUCACUGACCAUUGCUGAAGCCUUUGAAGAGGACACAGGACGCUAUUCCUGCUUUGCUUCUAACAUCUAUGGGACAGAUUCAACUUCUGCUGAGAUUUACAUAGAAGGGGUUUCUUCUUCUGACUCAGAAGGGGACCCUAACAAGGACGAAAUGAAUCGAAUCCAGAAGCCAAGUGAGGUGUCAUCCCCUCCCACUACUUCUGCAGCCAUUCCUUCAGCAGUACCCCAAGCCCAGCCUGUGGUGGCCCAGCCCAGUGUGUCAGCCGUUCAGCAGUGUCAGAGCCCUCCCAACUAUCUGCAAGGAUUGGAUGGAAAACCUAUCAUUGCAGCUCCUGUGUUUACAAAGAUGUUACAAAAUUUAUCAGCCUCUGAGGGUCAGCUAGUUGUCUUUGAAUGCAGAGUAAAAGGAGCUCCAUCUCCUAGAGUUGAGUGGUAUAGAGAAGGGACCUUGAUAGAAGAUUCUCCAGAUUUUAGAAUUUUACAGAAAAAACCUCGAUCCAUGGCAGAGCCAGAGGAGAUCUGUACUUUGGUCAUUGCUGAGGUAUUUGCAGAAGACUCUGGGUGCUUCACCUGUACUGCAAGCAAUAAAUACGGCACAGUGUCAAGCAUUGCACAGCUAGAUGUAAGAGGAAAUGAAGACCCCAGAAACAAUGGGUCUCUUCACUCAGUCAACUCUACCACCAACCUGGCUGUUAUUGAGCAACAGUCAUCCCCACCCAACCCAGAGCCUCCUUCUGUGGAACAACUCCCUAAACCCAAACUGGAAGGCGUUCUGGUGAAUCACAACGAGCCCCGGUCCAGCUCAAGGAUCGGGCUCCGUGUCCACUUCAACCUGCCUGAAGAUGACAAAGGAAGUGAAGCAUCCUCUGAGGGUGGCAUGGUGACCACCAACCAGACCAGGCCUGAUUCCUUCCAGGAGAGAUUCAAUGGACAGUCAGCAAAAAUCCCUGAGCCUUCCUCGCCCGUCAAAGAGCCCCCUCCGGUUCUGGCCAAACCCAAACUAGAUUCCAGCCAGCUACAACAGCUUCACAACCAAGUCUUACUGGAACAACAGCAGUUGCAAAACCCAUCUCCUUCAUCUCCUAAGGAGUUUCCUUUCAACAUGAGUGUUUCGACCUCCACUGCUGCCCCAGCGGUGACAAUGUCCGGCAAGCAGGUGAAGGCCCCUUCAUCACAGACAUUCAGCUUGGCCCGGCCAAAGCACUUCUUCCCCUCCACAAGCACGACUGCAGCCACCGUGUCCCCUUCCAGCUCUCCAGUGUUCACCCUGAUCAGCACUCCUCAAGCCAUGCAGAGGACAGUGAGCAAAGAAAGCCUCUUAAUUCCUCAGCCCUCGGCGCAAACCAAAUCUCUCGGAGGGGUUUCGGUCCAAAACGAGCCACCUCCUCCAGGUCCGACAGAGCCAGCACAACUGCCACUCACAUUUUCCAUGGCCAGCGGAAACCAGUUUCAGCCCCACUGCGUGUCCCCAACUCCUGUCUCUCCCACCAGCCGGAUUCAGAACCCAGUGGCUUUCCUCAGCUCCGUCCUGCCUUCUCUCCCUGCCAUCCCACCCACCAAUGCCAUGGGGCUGCCUAGAAGCGCACCAUCCGUGCCAUCCCAGGGACUAAUGAAGAAACAUAUAAAGUCUUCCCAACCAGUGAAUGAUGAUUACAUUCGUGAAACUAAGAAUGCAGUGAUUCUAGACUUGGGGAAAAAAAUGAAUUUCAGUGAUGUCAGACCAAACCAGCAGGAGUACAAAAUUUCAAGCUUUGAGCAGAGGCUGAUGAAUGAAAUAGAGUUUCGCUUGGAACGCACCCCUGUUGAUGAAUCAGAUGAUGAAAUCCAACAUGAUGAGAUCCCCACGGGCAAGUGUAUUGCUCCCAUCUUUGACAAAAGACUCAAGCACUUCCGGGUCACCGAAGGCUCUCCAGUGACAUUCACCUGCAAAAUUGUUGGGAUACCCGUCCCAAAGGUUUACUGGUUCAAAGAUGGGAAGCAGAUUUCAAAAAGAAAUGAGCACUUCAAAAUGAGGCGAGAAGGAGACGGGACAUGUUCUCUGUACAUUGACUCCACCACCGGCGAUGAUGACGGCAACUACACCAUCAUGGCGGCCAACCCCCAGGGGAGAAUCAGCUGUUCUGGCCACUUGAUGGUACAAGGUUUGCCCAUUCGAAGUCGACUAACAGCUGCUGGUCAGCCUCACAGAGUAAGGUCCCGAGCGCAAGAAAGAGACAAAGAGCCCCUACAGGAACGAUUUUUCCGACCACAUUUCCUGCAGGCUCCUGGGGAUAUGGUAGCUCACGAGGGGCGCCUCUGUCGCCUGGACUGUAAGGUGAGUGGCCUGCCGCCUCCGGAGCUGACGUGGCUGCUCAACGGCCAGCCUGUGCUCCCCGACACCUCCCACAAGAUGCUGGUCAGGGAGACUGGAGUCCACUCUUUGCUCAUUGACCCACUCACUCAACGUGACGCAGGGACCUACACCUGUGUUGCUACCAACAAAACCGGGCAGAAUUCCUUUAGUCUGGACCUCACCGUAGUAGCCAAAGAAGUGAAGAAAGCACCUGUAAUCCUGGAGAAACUGCAGAACAGCGGCGUUCCCGAAGGCCACCCAGUGAGACUGGAGUGCCGGGUGAUAGGCAUGCCUCCACCUGUGUUCUACUGGAAGAAAGACAAUGAGACCAUCCCCUUCACCAGAGAGAGGAUCAGCAUGCACCAGGACACAACUGGGUAUGUCUGCCUCCUCAUUCAGCCAGCCAAGAAAUCAGACGCUGGAUGGUACACAUUGUCAGCCAAGAAUGAAGCUGGCAUCGUGUCAUGCACUGCCAGGUUGGAUAUAUAUGCGCAGUGGCACCACCAGAUCCCACCACCCAUGUCUGUCCGGCCCAGUGGCAGUCGCUACGGAUCUCUCACCAGUAAAGGACUUGACAUUUUCUCUGCUUUCUCCUCCAUGGAAAGCACAAUGGUGUAUUCAUGCUCUUCUCGGAGUGUAGUGGAGAGUGAUGAACUUUAAGAAUGUCUGGGUGCCUGCUGUGUAAGGGGGUGGAUUGUGGAGGGGGAAGGAAGACCAGCCAGAUAAGAUGGUUUCCAAGCAACUGGAUUUGAGUAAGUUCCCACACUGCCCGACCUGUGGCAAGGAGAGCUUUGAGUAAGUCAGCUGGGGACUCAUGCAGUCUCAGCUCAGGGAGAGAUGGAGGGCUGUGCCUUUUAAGAUUCCAACAAAAUGAGAAGACAAUACCGCCGAACCAAAGAUGUCCUGCAGCUGCCAUCCACUGCUUUGGGAAAAAGCUAGCAUGCUUCCCUGCCCCCUGCUGCGUUGGGGUAUUCAGGCCCUCCUAGGAGCAAUUAGGGGUCAGAUGCUUGGGCUGAGAGGAGUUGGACAGUAGUGACCUUUGGAAUCACUAACUCACUAAACAAUGCAAAGGAAAAAGUCAGGGGGGGUCUCCACCACCUUUCACUGAUUGCAUCCAUAGCAGUAGUUUUGGUGGAUUCAUUAAAUCAGCUUCUACUUAGCACUAGGAGUCUGUGCCAUACAACUCACAUACAUGGAGAAGCACUUUUGAUUUGCUUACCCUCGGUGUACUGAGCCACAUAAUAAAGUGCCAAAAUGUGAUUGAGAUACCAAAAAAAAAAAAAUCACUGGAACACUAAAUAUUGCACAGUGCACUUAUUCUAUAGCCAAAACAG